CCAAAACAUGUCGCACGCCUCACGGUUCAAGUUCUUAUCUCAAAUCGGCUGCAUCGCCCAUGCUUGAUACCCAUUUUCUCUUGUCAUCUACUUCGCAAAUCUCAAGGCGAGCUCAAUUACGUAUACGGAUAAUGAUACGUCCUGGCUAAGGGUCAGCCAAGAGUCAUUAUCCUAUCAUAUUUAUACGGAGUACUUCGUAUUUCAGAUAGCAACGCUUAUACGGAGUAGUUUUCUGUUUGAGAGAGAAAUAGCUUGUAGUUUCAUAGAGAGAGAGAGAUGGAGAAGGCAAUUGAGAGACAAAGGGUUCUGCUUCAGCACCUUCUCCCUUCUCACUCUGCUUCUUCAACCGAAGGAGUCGAUUCUUCUAUUUCGGCAUCUAUUUGUGCUGCGGGGGACAGUGCUGCAUAUGCAAGGACUUCUGUUUACGGAGAUGAUAUAGUCAUAGUUGCUGCAUAUAGGACUCCUAUUUGCAAAUCUAAGAAGGGUGGUUUCAAAGAUACUUACCCUGAUGAUUUACUUGCCACUGUCUUAAAGGCGCUGAUUGAAAAGACUAAUUUGAACCCAAGUGAAGUUGGGGAUAUAGUUGUGGGUACUGUCUUGGCACCAGGAUCCAUAAGAGCAAGUGAAUGUAGGAUGGCUGCAUUCUAUGCAGGAUUUCCUGAAACUGUUCCAAUUAGAACUGUGAACAGACAAUGUUCGUCUGGUCUCCAAGCAGUUGCAGAUGUUGCUGCAGCCAUUAAAUCAGGAUUUUAUGACAUUGGUAUUGGGGCUGGCUUGGAGUCGAUGACUGUAAACUCCAUGUCAUGGGACGCCUCGGUCAAUCCUCGAGUUAGGACAUUACAACAAGCACAAAACUGUCUUCUUCCCAUGGGUGUUACUUCUGAAAAUGUAGCACAUCGCUUUGGUGUGACAAGGCAGGAACAAGAUCAGGCAGCUGUUGAGUCACAUAAGAAGGCUGCCGCAGCGACUGCCUCUGGGAGGUUUAAAGAUGAAAUUAUUCCUGUGUCUACAAAGAUUGUUGACCCAAAAACUGGAGAUGAGACUGUUGUUACAAUCUCUGCUGAUGAUGGGUUUCGGCCAAAUGCCAGUAUCAGCGACUUGGCAAAGUUGAAACCAGUGUUCAAGAAAGAUGGGUCUACCACUGCUGGAAACUCUAGCCAAGUUAGUGAUGGGGCUGGCGCUGUACUACUCAUGAAAAGAAGUCUUGCAAUGAAGAAAGGAUUUCCAGUACUUGGUGUAUUCAGGACUUUUGCUGCUGUUGGUGUAGAUCCUGCUAUAAUGGGAAUUGGUCCAGCUGUUGCAAUUCCCGCUGCGGUCAAAUCUGCUGGACUUCAACUUGAUGAUAUCGAUCUCUUUGAGAUCAAUGAAGCAUUUGCAUCACAGUAUGUGUACUGCCAAAGGAAGCUGGGGCUUGAUCCAGAAAAGAUCAAUGUAAACGGUGGUGCCUUGGCUAUUGGCCAUCCUUUGGGUGCAACAGGAGCUCGUUGUGUUGCAACUUUGCUGCAUGAGAUGAAGCGCCGUGGCAAAGACUGCCGCUAUGGUGUAGUUUCCAUGUGCAUAGGCACCGGAAUGGGUGCAGCUGCUGUGUUUGAGAGAGGUGAUGCUUGUGAUGAGCUCACAAACGCCCGAAAAGUUGAAAACAACGGUCUGUUGUCUAAGGAUGCGCGGUAGAACUCCCCUGGUUGUUUAGCUUGGGUUGCUUGGUGUUUUGUGAAAGAGGAAGGCACAACAUCAAUAAGUGUCGGGAGAAAGAGAAGUUAUACUUUGGCCAUUUUCAAUUAUAUGAUUGUAUUCAAACUUUCCAACUUUUUGUACCAAUAAUAUAUCUCUCUUCGGAUCUGUGCUAAAUUGCAUCCUGGGGAGGGGAAUAUCUAUGUCCAAGGCACACUCAAUAGGAAUGUGAAAUAAUAAUGAUCAACUUUUAAUUGUAAUAAAUCACUAGUUGCAUACUAACCGGGUUGCCCCUAUUAUCACUACUUCCAUUUGCCCAGAUUUUUGCAGUAACUCGGUCCCCAUGAAAGAAAUUCCAUUGUAUAUAUAUGGAUAACUAUUUCCAAUCUGUAGAAAAUAUGUUUAUGUAUUUAAUUUUGGCCCUGCAAUAAAAAUUCUCAAUCCCAGCCCAGCAGCCCUACUAAAGAUCCAUUUCUGGCUUUGAAGUCUGAACUCUGAACUAGGGGUGGACUCGGUUUGGGCCGGGCCCGGUUCGGGCCUUGAACCGGCCGGGCCUCGGUUCAAGGUAGGGGAGGCCCGGAACCGGCCCGGGUAACCCCCGGGUCCGGUUCGGGCCGGGCCCGGUUCGGUUCUAUAUAAUUUUUUUUUUGGGUUUUCCUAAUCAACCCCCUACCCUCCCCCUCAACCCCAAACCACCUCAAAUGGCCCAAAAUAUCCAAUCCAACCCAAAAACUUAAAAAAAAAUUCAAAAAAAUAAAUAAAUUAAAUCUGGCCCGGACCGGUUCACCAAAAUGAAGGCCCGAGCCCGGAAUCGGUAGCCACCGGGCCGGGUCGAACCGAACCGCCCAUGGGCUGGGCCGCCGGGCCGGGCCGGUUCAAACAGUGACCGGGUCAGGCCACCCGGCCCAAGUCCACCCCUAGUCUGAACCUCUAGCAAAG